UAACAAAUCGCAGUAACAACGCGCUCCGUUCUGCUGCUGCUGCAUAUCUAUACGCUACAGCAACAACGUAUAUCACAAAAAAAAAAUACAAACGUUUUUUUAUAAUAAUAUUUAUUUCCGUCGAAAAUUAUUAUACUAGAUAUACUUCUAUCUCUUCUACAAGAAACAGCAGUGCAAGAAAAAUACACAAAAAAAAUCUUCUUCGUCAUCGUGUAUAAUUUUAAAUACAAAAGUAUUUUUAAUGACUUUAAAUAAAGCAACCGUUUUUUCCACAUUUGAUUAAGUUUUGAAUUACUAAAAAUUGCAACGAUAUCGCAAAAAAGAAUAUUUAGACAGAAAACGAACGAAUUAUUAUAAGUGACGAGCGAGAAAAAAAUACAAAAAAAUGUCGACCCUCUCAUUACGGAUCACGCUGGAAGGUGGUGGCGUGACAAAGACAAUUCAAUUUGAUCCAAAUACAACAGUUUUCGAUGCAUGUCGCAUCAUUCGUGAUAAAUUUGCGGAAGCUGUGCAGGGACAAGCUCAAGAAUUCGGUUUAUUUCUCUCGGACGAGGAAAACAAACAGGGAGUAUGGCUAGAAUCCGGUCGAAAUCUCGGCUACUAUCUCCUGCGCAACCAUGACACACUCGAAUACCGUCGAAAACUGCGAAAAUUGCGCGUCCGCAUGCUGGAUGGCACAGUCAAAACCAUCUUGGUGGACGAUUCGCAGCCCGUUUCGCAACUCAUGGUGGACAUUUGCACGCGCAUCGGCAUCACGAACCACGAAGAGUACGGUCUAGUCAAGGAAGAGCUGGAGCCACAGAACGAAAAUCAGCCCGACAACAAGUCAAACUACGGCACACUUACGCUCAAGCGUCGCACCGCCGAAAAAGAUCGCGACGCCAAGAUGGAAAGUCUCCGGAAAAAAUUGCGCACCGACGACGAAAUCAACUGGAUCGACGUUGGCAAGACGUUGCGCGAACAGGGCAUCCACGAAGCGGAAACGGUCCUGCUGAAACGUCGUUUCUUCUUCUCGGACCAAAAUGUCGACUCGCACGAUCCCGUGCAACUGAAUUUGUUGUAUGUGCAAACGCGCGACGCAAUUUUGGAGGGAAAACAUCCCGUUAUUCAGGACAAAGCGUGCGAAUUUGCCGGAAUUCAGGUUCACAUUCAGUUUGGAGACCAUCAAGAGACGAAACACAAACCAGGUUUGCUCGACUUGAAGGAAUUCCUGCCAGCAAAUUACACGAAAACGAAAAAUAUCGAAAAGAAAAUCUUCGCUGAGCAUCGCAAGCACAUUGGCGUCUCGGAAUUGGAUGCAAAAGUGUUGUAUGUGAAGACGGCACGCGAAUUGCCGACUUACGGUGUUUCCUUUUUCCUCGUGAAGGAAAAGGAGAAGGGCAAGAACAAAUUGGUGCCGCGUUUGUUGGGCGUAACGAAGGAAAGUGUCCUGCGUUUGGACGAAAAAACAAAGGAAAUUUUGAAGACGUGGCCCCUGACAACCGUGAGACGAUGGGGUGCCUCGCCAAAUACCUUUACGCUCGACUUUGGUGACUAUGCCGAUCAAUAUUACUCCGUGCAAACCACUGAGGCGGAACAAAUUGUCCAAUUAAUUGCUGGAUAUAUCGACAUCAUUCUGAAGAAGAAACAAAGUAAGGAUCACUUUGGUAUUGAGGGCGAUGAAGGAUCUACGAUGGUGGAGGAAAGUGUGAAUCCACGAAAAGCGACAUUCCUUCAACACGAGACAACCCAUACAAACAAAAUUAACACCGAAUCACUUGCUAAGCCCGCAAUUAUGCGUGGACAUGACGGCGAACGUCCAUACACUACCGGAGAAUCGCAACACAUUCAAUAUGGAGCGAUUGUUGGACAAGUCAAUAUUGCUCAUCAACCUCCGAUGUUGCAACAAACACACGUCAGUACGUUGUUAACAGAGCCGCAACGCGCCCUGCUCGGAUACAUUUCGGCCGGUCAAGAAGCUCUCGUCAAGGCUGAAAAAGAUUUGCAAACAAAGGCUCCGUUGCCGCCACUAGGAAACGAUCCUGGGUCUUUGCAAUGGCGCGAAACCACAAUGGAGACCUCCAAACAAAUGGUUACCACACAUUUGGCCACGAUGAAUGCCGCAACGGCUCAAGUUGUCACUGCAUCGCAGCCGGAUGACGUCGAUCACGAGGCCGUUGGAGCUGCCGUCUCCCAAAUUGCCCAAAGUAUUCCCGAGGUAACGAAGGAAGUGCGAACCAUUGCCGCUCUCAUGGACGAUCAUAGUGACGAGUUGCUCGAGGCGACGCGAAAAUUGUGCAAAGCCUUCAGUGAUUUGUUGAAUGCUGCCGAGCCAGAGAGCAAGGAGCCACGCCAGAAUCUCCUCAAUGCCGCAAGUCGCGUUGGAGAGGCCAGCGGACAAGUGCUUAGCACAAUUGGCGAGGAGACCGUUGAAGGACGCGAGUUGCACGAUAUGUUGUUGGGAUUGGCAAAAGCUGUCGCCAACACCACAGCUGCUCUCGUACUUAAAGCGAAAUCUGUCGCUGCCGAAUGUGACGAUGAUGAUACGAGAAAUAAAGUUAUUGGUGCUGCAAGUCAAUGCGCCCUCGCCACAAGUCAAUUGGUGGCAUGUGCUCGUGUCGUCGCCCCAACAAUCGAAAGUCCCGCAUGUCGCGAGCAACUCGAAGCUGCUGCCCGCGAAGUUGCCCACGCAGUUACCAAUCUAAUUGGCAUCUGCAACGAAGUAACGGACAACACUCAAUUAAAAGGCGACUUAAUGGGCGCAGCUAAAGAAGUUUCGCGCACCUUGACCGAUUUACUCGAUCACAUCAAGCUCUGUUCACGCGAACACGCCCAACGCGUCGACGAGAACCCCGUCGAGGAAGUUUUGGUGGCCACCGACAUGCUCGUUUCAUCAACCGACCCACAAGAAAUGGUCCGUCAAGCAAAACAACUCGGCCAAGCAACUGCCCAUUUGAUCCAAAGCAUCAAGGGCGAAGCCGAAACGCAAGAAGAUUCCGAGCUGCAACGUCGUUUACUUGCUGCCGCCAAACAACUCGCUGAUGCCACAUCGCGAAUGGUGGAAGCAGCUCGUUUGUGUGCCGGAAGUCCCGCUGACGCGCAUCACCAAGAAGCUUUGCGAGUUGCUGCCGAGGAACUGCGUGAUGUUACCACAACGACCGCCAUUACGCCAGCUCUGAAACGCAAACUCAUCAAUCGCUUGGAGCAAAGUGCGAAACAAGCUGCUUCGGCAGCCACGCAAUGCAUCUCAGCAUCGCAAAACGCCGUAAUUUUCAGUCAUGACAUCCAAACGAAGGAGGUUUUGUUGCAAGAUUGUCAAAGUGUUGCCGAUUUGAUCCCCAAAUUAGUCACCGGAGUCAAGACAACGUUGGCACGUCCCGACGACCCAUCGGCGCAAUUGAGUUUGAUCGAAUCCAGCGAGAGUUUCAUCGAGCCAGCAUCGCAAGUUGCUGCUUCGGCACGUGAUUUGCAGCCUACAGUGAACGAUCACACCGCUGCCCAUCAAUUAUCGAAGAGCGUCGUUACCUUAACGCACUCCAUUAACGAUUUACGAUUGUCAGCAGCUCGUGCCCGUGAAGCAUGCGGCGGACAAGAACUCGAAUCAGCCUUGGAUGCCGUCAAAAACUUACGUGGCGUGCUAAACGACACAAAACGCGCCUCGAAUGACGGCACCUUGAGACCGUUGCCUGGCGAGACGCAAGAAACGUGCUUCAAACAGUUGAGUGUGACGUCACAAGGCGUCGAUUCCGCCAUGAUUCAACUUUUGUCAGCCGUUACGCAAGGAAAUCGCAAUUAUGCUGGCGUUGCGGGACGCGAUACGGCCCUCGCUCUUGGGGAUUUCGUGAAAAGCGUUCGUGGAGUCGCCGCUACCACCAAAAGUGGCAUGGUGAUUAAUUGCGCCGACGAUGUCAUCAACAAUUCGAUCGAAUUGCUCGAAGAAGCCCAGCGCACCCUGCAAAAUGUCGGCGAUCAAGACGCUUUGUUCCAUUCGGUCAAACGUGUCAAGGGAUCUUUGGUCAAAACUGUCGAUUGUCUGCCCGGCUUGAAGGAAAUUAACGAAGCUUUCGAACAAAUAACGGAACUUCGGGUCAUUUUAGAUGGCGGCGAAUACCCAGCUAGCGGAAAAACUUAUGGACAACUCCAAAACGAGCUGAAAGCUGCUGCAGAUGUCUUGAAUAACGCCGCCGGACAAGUUGCGCAAUCGUAUCCGAGUUCCAUCAAAUUGGCCAACUCCAGUCAAGAUUAUUGCCAAUCUUACAAAGAUUUGAUUACGAUCACACUCGAAAUGGCGGGACAAAGUAAGGAAGAAUACAUGCGCGAAUCGAUCGUGAAUGCCUUGCGAAGUGUUUCGACGCAAUCCAUCAGUCUCUUGGGCACAUCACGCUCCGUCGCAGCCGAUCCCAAUCAUCCAAACGCCAAAAACGAGUUGGCAUCAGCGGCGCGAAUGGUUACGGAAAGCAUUAAUCGUUUGGUUGACGUUUGCACUCAAGCUGGGCCCGGACAAAAGGAGUGCGAUAACGCAAUUCGCAGUAUCGAGGCGUUGCGUCCCUUGCUGGAUUAUCCUUCCGAGUCACUUACCGACCAGGGGUACUUUGAUUGCUUGGAAACAGUCAUGGACAAGUCGCGCACGCUGGGCGAUGGCAUGACCGGCAUCGCAAACAACGCGAAACACUCGCAACAUGUCGAAUUUGGGCAUUCGGUGAACUCUGUUUCCGAGUCGAUCCGCGGAUUAAUUGAAUCAGCGGCUCAAGCUGCCUAUUUGGUGGGUGUUUCGAACCCCACAAGUACUUCCGGACGUCCCGGUCUCGUCGAUCAAGCGCAAUUUGCACGCGCAUCGCAAGCAAUUCGUCAAAGUUGCGAUGUCCUGGCGUCGCCAUCGUCGACACAGCAACAAGUUUUGUCAGCAGCGACCGUAAUUGCUAAACAUACAUCCACUUUGUGCAACGCAUGUCGUAAUGCCAGUUCAAAUACGAGCAAUCCGGUGGCGAAACGUCAUUUUGUGCAGUCCGCGAAAGACGUUGCCAACUCAACAGCUACUUUGGUGCGCGAAAUUAAGCAAUUGGAUCAAGAUUACAGCACAGAUUCGCGAAUUCGGUGCUCGCAAGCUACUGUUCCGCUCCUGGAUGCGGUCCAAUCGUUAUGCCAAUUCGCAUCGAGCAAUGAAUUCAUCUCGAUUCCUGCGCGUAUAUCGACGGAAGGGCGUCGCGAACAAGAACCAAUUUUGCAUGCGGGACGCGGUAUCCUCGAUGGUGCAGUUGACAUGGUAAAAACCGCAAAAACUUUGGCUGUAUCGCCCACAGAUCCGCCCGUUUGGCAACAACUCGCGAUCCAUAGCAAGGCCGUGUCGGAAAGUAUCAAAAAAUUAGCCGCCAGUAUCCGUGAAAAAGCUCCCGGUCAGUUGCAGUGCGACUCGGUGCUUGGAAUUUUGAAUUCCUGUGCACGCGAUUUGAAUUCCACGGCAUUGGCGAUCGGCAUCGAGGGUAUUCCGCCAAAGCGCGAUAAUAAUAUCGAAGGAUACACGAGCAUGGUGUUGAAUGCGACGCAAGAAUUGUUGGAGAAAAUUGAACCGGUGAAGCAAGCGGCGAAGAAAAAUGCCGAAUCUUUGGGUCAUGCGGUCAAUCAAGUAGCGAAACAUUCGGUGCCAUUGACUUCUGGUACAAUUGGCGUUUGCUCCCAUGUCAUUCACAGUGCACAACAGACAGUUUUGAUCGAUCAAGCCAAGUCCGUGGUCGAAAGUGCCAUCCAACUGGUGCAAGUUUCGAAGGAAGCAGGUGGAAAUCCGCGUGCCGUUCAAAUUCACGCCGAACUCGACGAAUGUUGUCUCAGUACGCGCGAAGCAAUUUUGGAGUUAAACGCAACGGUUCAACGUAUUUCCGCGGAAAAUGGUGUCGUUGCACAGCUGGUCGAACAAAUUUCGCGAUCAAUCUCGCGGAUGACGGAUAAACGUGCGUCGUUCCUCGGGGCGAACCUCAAUGACUCGUUUGUGGAUUACCAAACGCGAAUGGUGAACAAUGGCAAGGAAAUCGCUCGUUGCGCUAAUGAAAUGAAUGCUCGGGCACCCGUUGAUCCGGGACAGUUGCCGCAGUUGUGCAGCGAAUUGGCGCAACAUUACAUCAAUUUGGCGCAAGACACAAUUGGAGCAUGCACCACGACGACAUCGCAGGAAGUUUCGAUGCGAAUCCGGAAUGCGGUGCAAGAUCUCGGUCGUUCAUGCACAAAUUUGAUCCAAUGCACGUCGGGCAUCCGCAAGGAAGACAUGAGUGGAUUGGCGGAACUUUCACGCAAUGCUCGUGAUGUCUCGGAAAAGGUGUCGCAAGUACUGGCGGCACUUCAAGCCGGCUCUCGUGGCACUCAGGCGUGUAUAAAUGCAGCAAGUACCGUUUCCGGCAUCAUCGGAGACUUGGAUACGACAAUUAUGUUCGCAACAGCAGGCACUUUGCACUCCGAUAAUGAUGGGUCGUUCGCCGAUCAUCGUGAACACAUUUUGAAGACAGCAAAGGCUUUGGUUGAAGACACAAAAGUGCUUGUAGCUGGAGCUGCUGGUACGCAAGAUCAAUUGGCAGCUGCUGCACAAAAUGCUGUUUCGACAAUCUUGCAACUUUCCGACGCCGUCAAACGAGGCGCCGCCAGUCUCGGCUCCCAACAACCCGACUCACAAGUCAUGGUAAUGAACGCAGUGAAAGAUGUUGCUGCCGCCCUUGGUGAACUUAUUAACGCCACAAAACUCGCCUCUGGCAAACCCAUCAACGAUCCAGCGAUGAACGAGUUGAAGGAAUCCGCAAAGAUCAUGGUCAUGAACGUCACAUCUCUCUUGAAGACCGUAAAAGCUGUCGAAGACGAGCAUACACGUGGAACGCGUGCCAUGGAAGCCACUGUCGAAGCAAUUUCACAAGAAAUCAAGCAAAUGCACACUUCGGAAUCGAUGCGCGCCUCAUCUCCCGCCACGCCCGAAGAUCUUAUCCGCGUCACGAAAAAUGUCACAGUCGCUACUGCCAAAGCCGUAGCUGCCGGAGCCUCAAACUUACAAUCUGACAUCGCAUCCGCUGCGAAUUUGGGUCGUCGGUACAUCUCGGAGAUGUUGAUUGUGUGCAAAAAGGUCGCCUGGACCUGCGCCGAAACGGCAGAAUUGCGCCAACGAACACUGGAUGCGGGUUCAUCCGUUGCGAUUGCGUAUCGUGACUUGUUGGAAGGUGUUUUGCGUAAUUGCUCGGCCGACGAACGGAUGCAGUUGUCACGACGUGUCGCUAAAUGUGUCACAGAUCUCGUUGGCAUGGCGCAGUUACUUAAGGGAUCGGACUGGAUUGAUCCGGAUGAUCCAACGGUGAUUGCGGAGAAUGAAUUGUUGGGCGCUGCGGCGUCAAUUGAUGCUGCCGCGAAGAAAUUGGCGAGCUUGAGACCUAGAAGAUCGUCCGUUGUUAAGGAAACCGAUGAGAACUUGAACUUUGACGAAAUGAUCCUCGAAGCUGCUCGCGGUAUCAUGGCUGCAUCUUCUGCUCUUGUACGUGCCGCCAACGCUGCUCAACGCGAAUUAAUUGACCAAGGCAAAGUUGCUCGCAAGCAAUUAAAGUCCUCCGAAGACGGUCAAUGGUCGGAGGGACUCAUUUCAGCGGCGAGACUUGUAGCUGCUGCCACCCAUUCUCUCGUGGAAGCCGCUCAAAAUCUCGUCCAAGGUGUCGGCACCGAAGAAUAUCUGAUUUCGACAGCAAAACAAGUUGCCAGCUCGACAGCCCAACUUCUUAUCGCGUGCAAAGUGAAAUCGGAUCCAACCUCAAAUGCGGGAAGACGAUUGCAAGAAGCCGGAAACGCCGUUAUUCGGGCCACAGACAACUUGGUACAUGCUGCACGACAGGCGAUCGAGGGCGAAGAGGAACAAACGUUGAAAUUGAACACAAAUAUGGUCGAUGGCAUGGCACAGGAAAUCAACGCGAGAUCGGAAGUGCUUCAAAUGGAACGAAAACUCGAGGAUGCCAGAAAUAAACUCAAAGCAAUUCGGGAAGCAAAGUAUCGUGCCAAACAAAUGGGACACAUUAGUGAUGGAAGUUUGGAGAGCGGUGAUGAGGGAGCAUAUCACUCAUUUACUGGCUACCAAACCCCGUCUCCUAGUCACUUGAGUGCCUCACGUGGGGCUUACAACGCGACACCGCCAUCCCCGAGCUUCCAUAAUGCCUCGUCGUCCACAUCUUAUACUCUGCAUCCAACGUCGCCAGCUGCCGGUGCAACAUAUUAUCCGCCAGCACAAUCGUAUAUCGCGCCACCAAGUCCCAGCAACCUCUCCUUGCCGCCCCCGCCGCCGCCAUUGCGCACAUCGCCAAUUCCGCCGCCAAAACCCACACACCUUCUCACGGGAAAUGCCACGCCGAAGCCAUACCAGCCUUUCGGGGGAGCCGGAGGAGCUCCAACUGCCACACACGUCGAAACGAUUCACCACACAAUUGCCAGUCCGACGCUCGAUAGCAAAGUUUACGAGACAAGCACAUUGAAAAAUUAUAAUUUGACGACGUCAUCAAAGCCAAAAGUAAUUGCGCAGUCGCCGUCUUUCAACAAAGCCAAUUUGGAAGCUUGUGUCCAAGAUUUGCAUGAGAAAACAUUUGGCAAGAACAUGUCACCGAUGUCCACCUUCAAAAGCGGAACAAUACCAUUAAAUGGCAAUUCUGGAAACUUUGGGGAGAUAAAAUAUGAAACAAGAACUUACACCACAACCGAACCAACGCUCGAUCGUGAAUUCAGCAAAAUGAACAUUGAAACGACGACGGAUGGUAGCGGCGCCACUCGCUACACACAAAUGCGACGCAGCGUCGAAACCGUUGAAACCAAAACGGAAUCAAGGCAUGUUGAAAAGAAAAUUGAAAAUCGUAGUUAUCGAUUGCAAUAAAAAAACAACAACUUUUAACAUUAGUCGCCUAUAAUAAAAAAAACUUUUUUUCGCCUUCUAAAAUUUUAUCGCAUAACUUCCUGCAAAACGGAACACUUGUUAUAAAAAAUUUAUAAAAUUAAUAUAUUAUUAACUAAUUUUAAACAAAAAAAAAAACAUAACACAAAAUAACACUUAUUUCAAUAAAAAAAAAAUUUGAACACAAUUGUUGCAAAAUUGAUAUUAGAUUUAAGAAAGAAAAAAUUAUUUCUGCUCCUAGAGCAAUUCAAUUUCCUUAAAAAAAAUAUAAAAAAUAUUUUAAUGUAAAUAAUUUCGACCUUUAUCUACUUAUUAUACAAAACAAAUGAAAAUUUAAUUGCUAUUUUUAAUAAUUAUUAUUUUUUUAUGAUAAUAAAUUAAAUUAUAGCUUCCAGCCUUUUUUGCCAAAUAAUAUCGCAAAAAGAAAAAUGUGCCAGAAAUUAAUUAUUUAAUAAAAUUAUUAAUUUAAACUUUUUUUUUGUAUAUUUUAAAACUAAAAAUGUGACAAGAAAAUAACACAAAAUUGUUGAAAAAAAAGUUAAAGAGUUAAAGUGACCUUUAAAUGAGAUGCCGAAUAAUAUACUACUUACUUAUACUUAUAUAAAAAAAAUAAUGCAAAAAUUUUAGAAUUUUUUAAAAAUAUAUUAAAAAAUAAGCCACUUACAUCGUGCCCAAUAUAUUAAUUAUAUUAUACUUAAUAUAUAUAAAAAAUGUAUAUUAUUUUAAAAAUUUAAUAAAUAAUAAUAAUAUAGUGUAUUGAAUAACUUAACAACAUGCAUUUUAACAAAUAAUA